AUGGACUCUACCGAUCAAACACUCUUUUUUUCACCUGGCUCGGUCCUAGUAGCCUUCCUGACCGUGGCCUUUUUGAUACGCCAAGCAUGGCCUCGCUUCGUUGAUUUAAAAUUUGUCAAGUGUCAGACUAAUUCUGCUCCAGUAUCAAGUCUGAGCGUUUUGAAAGAACCUGAGAUUCCCGAAGGCUGGUUGGGUGACAGUGGUAUCUUUGAGUUGGAACGCCGCGCGAUCUUUAGCCAAGCAUGGAUAUACCUAGCUCACAACACGCAACUCACAAAGCCUGGCAUGUACCAAUCUUUCGACAUUGCUGGUUUCCCGGUGUUUGUGAUUCGAGGAAAGGAUGGAGAAAUCCGUGCAUUCCAUAAUGUCUGUCGCCAUCGCGCCUACACAAUUACCAGGAAGGAGACUGGUGCAUCAACCGUUCUUGGCUGUCGGUAUCACGGAUGGAGCUAUGAUACAACCGGAUGGCUUGUGAAAGCCCCUCAAUUUGACCAGGUCCCCGGGUUCGACAAGUCACAGAAUAGCCUCUUUGAAAUUCACACACAUACUACCAAACAGGGUCUGAUCCUCGUGAACCUGAAUACCGAGAAGCCAACAAACCUGGACGAUGAGGCCGUUUCAACAUUGGAUGCUUUUUUCCAGACCUCUGGCUGGCAGCAGAACUCAAUCUGGGUUGCUGGUCAAACCGUGAGUGGUGACUUCAAUUGGAAAUCACCAAUGGAUAUAUCGCGCCUAGAAGCUUUUGCUACAGAUUUGGGGAACAGCUUACCUCGGUCAUCUAGUCUUUCGACCUUGAAAAUGGCACUGAGGCGUAUCCUUAAAGCAAGCCCAUCGACCAACCGCUUCCACUUUCCGACUGCAUUCUUUCAUCAUGUCAUUCAUACAGACUUCUUGAUUGCUCUUUCCUUAUUUCCUACAUCAGCGGAGAAAACAAAUAUUCGAUGUGAUAUAUUCUCGUCCUCCCCCAUCGCCCAAAAGGAAAGGGAGGCCAUAUCAGAAACCCUUGGGAGUGGCUUGAAGAGAUUCAAUCAAGAAAUUGAAGAUGAGUUUCAAAUUCUUUCCAAAAGAGAAUGCAAUACACUUGAGCUUAAAGACCAAGUUACUCGAGAAACGCUUCGCCGAGUUCAUGAACACAGAAAACUUGAACGAACACAUGGCAGCAAGAUACAUCCAGCAAUGCGGGAGCCAAAAGGAAGCAACUUAUUCCAACAGGCCGAAAAGUUGUGCAAGGAACUGGACUGUAUGAGUGGCAUAUCUCAAAACAGCAACUCGCCAGAUGUACUUGAUUGGUGA